AUGUUAUUAACUUCUCAGAUUGAGAGUUACAAUUCUAAAAUCAAAAGAUUAAUAUUUAAUUCAAAUACAACACUAUUAAAACUUGCUGAAAAAUUAUCACUAUGCAUUCUUGAAGAGAAUAAGAAGACUGAAUAUGCUUUAUUUCAUGCAUCAAUUCUCAAAGCUGUUUUAGUCAUAACUGCUAAUACUAUUCUUCCAAAU